AUGGGGAACAGCUGUAUGUGUGAGUAUGUGAACAGAGAUAAAAAGCUGCUCACCUGCAUCCUUACCACCAGCGGGAUGUUCGCAAACCUCCUUAAACCACUGGAUGAAGGCCAAGAAGGAAGUGUGUUUGGUGAUACAGUUACAGAGGAGUCAGUGUCAGUGUCAGUGACGGAGGGAGAUUCAGUCACUCUAGACUCUGGUGUUACUGAAAUGAUGGAUGAUGAUGUGAUUCUGUGGAGGUUUGGAUCUGAAAACACUUUAAUAGCUAAAAUCAAUGUACUGGCCGGCAGCGUCACUGUAUAUGAUGCUCGUCUUCCUGUUCCUGUCAUCUGCAGAGACUGUUCUUCAUCAUCAUCAUCAUCAUCAUCUUCAUCAUCACAGCAGAAUUGUUCAUUGUUGUGUUCAGUGGUGAAUGUGGGUCAUGUGACUCUCUCCUGGUACAAAGGAAACAGUUUAUUGUCCAGCAUCAGUGUGUCUGAUCUCAGCAUCAGUCUCUCUCUACCUCUGGAGGUGGAAUAUCAGGAGAAAAACAGCUACAGCUGUGUGAUCAACAAUCCCAUCACAAACCAGACCACACAUCUGGACAUCAGCAAACUCUGCAGCAACCAGACUCAACAUCUGAACAUCAGUCAACUCUGUCACACAUGUUCAGAAGUCCACAUCCAUUGUUGUGAUACUCUUGAAGCUGUGAUCCGAUUGGUUAUCUCUGCUCUGAUGGGCGUGGCUACUGCAGCUGCUGUGGUCGUUUUGGUCAAAGACGUCAGAUUUGCUAGAUCGAUAAAAGAAAACGAACAAAUAUCAUAAAUAGUCUGACAUAUUGUAGUUUUAAUUGUAAAGAUGAAAAUAUGUUUGGUCUAAAAGUGUUUAGUGAUAGUGAAACAAAGCUUUUCUUACUGUUUUCCACUGAAUUUAAACAGAAAUGGUUCAUUACCUGAAUCUGGUGUUUUAGGAGACAUCUGGUGGCCAAAACGAUGAACAUUCUUUAGUGUUUCAUUUUCUUCUUGAAAACUACGAAGUAUGCACUGUACAUUUAUUAGUUAUUUGCAGUUUUCAUUAAAUUUUAUCAAUUUAUGUAAUGUUGCUUUUUUACAUUUUGUUUUAUAAUUGUUUGCAGCAACCAUGAAAAUACAAAUGUAAUAUUUGUCACACCCAUAAACCAUACUAGAAUUAAACUGAAACUGAAUAUUUAAGGUCCGCACUAUGAAAAAAGCAAAGGAAAAAUUAUUUAUUUGCAUUUACUAUUCAAUUAUGAUAACAAUAACAACAAUCAGUAGUUUUUUUUUUUUUUUUAUGAGACCCUACAGUAUUUUAGAUACAGUCCUCUACCAAACGGUUGAGAUGUCUGUUCAUAAUAAAAGAACAACAUUCAGAACAAGUCAUAUUAAGUGCAAGUUCUUGGCCAAUAAAAAAAUCUGAUGACUGCUA